CUAUCACUCCCUCUCUUUCUCCAGAGCCCAGCCCUGUAGGUUCAGAGUCAGAUCAGACUCUGUAGCGUCUCUCCAGUCCCAGACGUCCCGGGCUCCGGUCCUGGCGGUGUGUCCGUCAGUUCCCCCGGUGGAGUGUCUAUUGGUUCUCCUGGUGUGAAUGUGGGCUCCCCGGGCCCAAGCGGAGUGGUUCCGUUACCGGGAACACGUUGAAGCGCUGGCUGCCCAGCCCAGUGAGGAGAUUGAGCCAGGGCAAGCCGACAGCCAGGGGAAAAACCUCCACUACGCACCAGGAGACGAGACACGGCCCGAGCUAGUCACGCCGCUCACCGCUAACACACACCUGAAGGGGAAGAGCCGUGAAGACUCUGUCCAGAGUGGAGGAGAGGAGGAGCUGGAGGAGGAGCCACACACGCCCCUCCCACCUCCCAUGGAGAUCAUUAAAGAUAGCAACGACCCUGAGGACUCAGAGGGCUCCAACCAGUCAGACACAGAGCAGAAGAACAAAGCCAUGAGAGGCCGCAUGUUUGUGGUUAAUGAAAUGGUGCAGACUGAGAAGGAUUAUGUGAAAGACCUUGGUGUCAUCGUGGAGGUGUUCAUGUCGAGGUUGGAGGUGAAAGGGAUUCCAGAGGACACGGGGGAAGACCUGAUAGUAUUUGGUAACAUCCAUCAGAUUUACGACUGGCACCAGGAGUUCUUCCUGGUUGAGUUGGAGAAAUGUUUGCAGGACCACGACCGACUGGCAGAGCUCUUCAUUAAACAUGAGAGGAGGCUGCACAUGUAUGUGGUCUACUGCCAGAAUAAGCCCAGGUCAGAGUUUGUCGUGGCGGAAUAUGAGACCUUCUUUGAGGAGGUGCAGAGAGAGAUCAGCUGUAGGAUGUCCAUCAGUGACUUUCUCAUCAAACCCAUCCAGAGAAUCACAAAGUACCAGCUACUGCUCAAGGAUUUUCUGAAGUACACUUCUAAAGCAGUGCACUGUGAGGAGAUCGAGAGAGCGGUGGAUCUGAUGUCUCUGGUACCCAAACGCUGUAAUGACAUGAUGAACCUGGGACGCCUGCAGGGUUACGAGGUAGACUACCUGACCUUUGACCUAUCAACUCUCACCAGUUUACAUGGAUGCAGAGAUGACAUAGGGAUGAUAGGGGUCAUCCCUAUUUCAUUGAUGCUACAUAAGCAGUCAUAAAGGCUAUAUAAGAAAUCAUAGAGGCUACAUAAGAAAUCAUAGAGGCUACAUAAGUAGUCAUAUAGGCUACAUAAGCAGUCAUAAGAGUGACUUUAGCAGUAAUAGCGCUGUAUAAACCUCCUCAGGGGAGCUGACGAGCCAGGGCAAGCUGCUGCAGCAGGGACCUUCUGUGUGUGGAGCAGGACGGAGGAGUUCUUUCCCGCAGUAAAGACAGACGCGUCUUCCUCUUCGAGCAAAUCAUCAUCUUCAGUGAGCUGCUCCGUAAAGGGUCCUCCCCACCUGGCUAUCAGUACAAGAAGAGCAAUCAAGGUGAGCUACCUGGCCAUGCAGGAGUGUGUGGAGGGGGACCCCUGUAAGUUUGUUCUGUCAUCUCGGGGUCCGCAGAGCGUUUCACCUGCAGGCAGCCAGCCCCUCUGUCAAACAGCUGUGGUCUCCCACAUCACUGAGCUACUGGACACACAGAGCAACUUCCUGUCUGCUCUGCAGUCUCCUAUAGAGUACCAGAGGAAGGAGGGUGGGGGAACAAACCUCCUCACCCGACCCCCCUCGGGCUUCGGCCCCAAAGCAUCGGGCCGACCCCCCUCUGUGCCCCCCACCCCUAACGGACACAACACACACACACAGGCAGACGGCGAGGCACAGGACGACGAGCUGGUGCUGGUGAUCCAGGACUUCAGUGCGGUGCGUGAGGAUGAGAUCACGGUACUUCGCGGGGAACGGGUCCAGAUUCUGGCAUCCAACCAACAUGGCCAGUGUCUGGUCUACCGACCGGCCAACACAGAGUCUCCACCUGCAGAGGGCUGGGUGCCGCGCAGCGUCCUGUUCAACCACUAACUACCAGUUAGAACCAGUCAGAACCAGUUUAGAACCAGUUAUAAACAGUUACACACAAACAGGAUGCCUUCCCCAUAACCAGUUACGGCCCAGUUACACUUCACUGAUGCCAGUAAGACCCAGUACCAAUCACACACAGCUGUUAUUAGUUACUGGUCCCAAACAGUUACACAUAGUUUAAACUAGUUAGAUCAGUUACAUACAGUCAGCUGCCCCAGUUAAACCAAUCACACACACGUAGCAAACAUCCUCAACAACCGGUAGCAACCAUGAACACUAGUGACCAACUACUGUAGUUCCUCACACUGGUGAAAAGAGGCCAGAGAGCUGCAGGUCCAGACAGGGGGAUUUGAGGUGAAUGGACACACAGUAUGCCUAUGGAACAUCCCAACUGAUGAGGUCACUAAUGGCUGCAGCCUAUGGAACAUCCCAACUGAUGAGGUCCAACUGAUGAGUUCACUGAGGGCUGCUGCCAACUGAUGAGGUCACUAAGGGCUGCUGCCUUUGGAACAUCCCAACUGAUGAUGUCACUAAGGGCUGCUGCCUUUGGAACACCCAAACUGAUGAGGCCACUAAGGGCUGCUGCCAACUGAUGAGGUCACUAAGGGCUGCUGCCUUUGGAACAUCCCAACUGAUGAGGUCACUAAGGGCUGCUGCCUUUGGAACAUCCCAACUGAUGAGGUCACUAAGGGCUGUUGCCAACUGAUGAGGUCACUAAGGGCUGCUGCCUUUGGAACAUCCCAACUGAU